AUCCGAACUAUGUAACUAAAAUCGGUUUUCUUUCUAAGCAGUUUGUUAGUUAAAGUCAAGAUGAAUAAGAUUUUAAUUUCUGUUGCGGUUUUAGCCGUGUUCUUGGCCUAUUGCGAGGCCAUGCCCUUGUUUCAAGGUGAGCCAAAGGAAAGAGCGAAACGCGGUGUGUGGGACACAAUUACUGGAACAUUUCACAAUAUAGACCCGAGCCAAAUACCUGCAAAAGCUGCGCUGUAUAAGGACCAUUUAUUGGAGUUUAUGCGGCAGCACCAUCUGAAGCAAAGCUUUGCUAACCUUGGAAGAGCAGGCAUGGAAUUAACACGAACAUCGGUUGCAAAGUUACACCGAUUGCUAAAUGGAAAUGCGGCGCCUGUAGUAAUAGCUGGACCUGUAGGCCCCAAUACCCCGUAAAGAUCUACAAAUUCUGGUUCUUUAAGUACUUGAUUUUGUUUCCUGCCUGCUGUUGUAAUUUUACUGAAAUUUGUAACUAACUAUUUUUUAAAUAAAAAGAACUGCUUGCCUAAUAAAUAAAAAUAACAACAACACGAAA